CAAGCUUGCCCGAAUCAUACGAACUACACAUACAACCCGACCGACCUUUCUGAACAGAACACCCAGAGACAAAGGAAAAUCAUCACCAUGUCCGAAGGCGGAGGCUGGAGCACCAUUGAAUCCGACGAGGGCGUCUUCACCUCUCUGAUCGAGAACCUCGGCGUCAAAGACGUGCAAUUCGAAGAACUGAUCUCCCUCGACGCCGGCACGAUCCGCUCAUUAAGCCCCGUCUACGGCGUAAUCUUCCUCUUCAAAUGGAUCCGCGACCACCCCCCGUCCACAUCCACAAGUACAACAUCAACACAACAGCCACCCGCGGCAGGAACCCACGACGCCAACCCGCCACCAACGCUCUUCUUCGCGAACCAGACCAUCCAAAACGCCUGCGGCACGCAAGCCAUCCUCUCCGUGAUCCUCAACCACGACACCGCGCCCCCCUCACCCUCCUCCCAACUACCAAAAAUCGACAUCGGACCGGAACUCCGCGCCUUCAAGGAUUUCACCACGGGCUUCCCCCCGGAUCUCCUGGGCGAGGCGCUGUCGAACAGCGAGCCGAUCCGCACCGCGCACAACGCCUUCGCCCGGUCCUCGCCCUUCGUCGACGAGACCCAGCGCGCCCAGCAGGAUGAGGAGGGCGGGGACGUCUAUCACUUCAUCGCGUACACGCCCGUCGCCGGCCGGCUGUAUGAGCUGGACGGCCUGCAGCCGCAUCCCAUCGUCCACGGGGACUGUACCCCCGAGGACUUUCCCGAGAAGGUCAUCGAGGUGAUCCAGCAGCGCAUCGCCCGGUACCCCGAGGGCGAGACGCGGUUCAACCUCAUGGCCGUGUGCCGGGAUUUGCGCGUCCGGGCCCGCGAGUUCGGCGACGCCGAGGCACUGGAGACCGAGGAGCGCAAGCGGAGGGCCUGGGCGUGGGAGAAUACCCUGCGCAAGUCGAAUUUCGUGGGCUUCAUCGGGGAGGUCAUGAAGGGGGUGGCGGGCAUGAAGGAGCAAGAGGGCAAAUUCGACGAGUGGGUCGAGGGGGCCAAGAAGGAGACCCAGAGGAAGUUGAUGCGGAAGUGAUUUCCCCGCCCUCUCUCUUUACUAUGGCUCGCAGAAGGUUGCCUGUGGCUCCUUUGGAUGAUGAACUCAAUUUAGAAUCAGUGAUGUGAUGAUACUCCUGGCUAUGUAGGUAUGAUGUAUGUAUGUACAGUACAAAGACAAACAUAUGGCAGAAGAAA